GCUGUAAAGGUGGUUCUACUACAGAAAUGAACUGGACAGUUCGAAUUCAAGACUACGAUAUUUUAAGAAUUCGUCGGCCAUUUGUUUACGUUGAUGGCACAAUUUUCUCUUUUGGAUUUUCUGAUGACCCAAGUGGGUUAUUAAGUGAUGACCACGGACCCAUGGAUGUCUACAUGAUGAAUACAAACAACUACGAAAUGACGGUGCUUCCUCACAGUGAUUCUACCCCUCUUAAGCGGUCAGGGCACUCAGCUGUUUUAUAUGACAAGAAAGUGUACAUAUGGGGUGGUGAAUUUGGUUGGGAUCUGUUCCCAGAAUUGCUCUGUUUUGAUACAGAAUCUUCAACAUGGUCUGAACCAGCUACUACAGGCACACCUCCAACUUCAUGUCGCCAUCAUUGUGCAUUUGUUAUUGGGAAAAUUAUGUACAUCCUAGGAGGAUUAAAUGAGCCUGGCGGUCCCUUUUCUCAAGAAAUUUUUACAUUAGACCUGGAGAGCAUGCAAUGGGGUGAAUUGGUAACUGAAGGAAGUCCAGUGUUUGAUGUGGGAACUUGGGUUUGCGCUAUUGAUAGUAAAGUAUAUGUUUUCCUUGGAGAAUCAUAUUAUACUAGUUGGAAUGAAGGGUCAUGCCUAGACAUGCAUUCAAAGAGUUGGUGUCAUUUUCAAGUGCGAGGAUGGUAUCCUCAAUUAAUGCUCAGUGCUCCAUUUUCAUACAAAGAGAAUAUAUACAUUUUUGGUGGUCGUUGCAGACUUUCCAAGACAAACUGUAAUGAUUUGUGUCGGUUUUCUCCAGCAACAAAGAAGUGGGAGGUAGUAAAACCUGCAGGAGAUGCCCCACGUCCACGACAUCUAUCUUCUUGUAUUGUUUGUGAAGACAGGCUAUUCCUAUUUGGUGGAAUAGUUAAUAACUUUGAGAUGUUUGGUUGCUUGGAUUUCCAUGUCCUAGAUUUUUCCCCUAGUUUGCGCACCCUCAGCUUGAUGGCUGUUAUUUAUUACAAUCUGAGCCUCCAACAUCUUCCAAUAUCUUUGAGGUCUGAUGCUGUUGAUAUGUCAGGGAUAACAGGUGUGAGAUUUACUCCUCCCUAAUCAUGUAUCAAAGAAAACGUGCAAUAUGUCAGUUUUCAUAUUUUUGUUUCCUAUUUAAAUUAUUUGAAAUUUUGAAUAGAACUUCAGGAGACAUACUUGUAAUGAAAUUUAAGAUGUCAAUUUUUGUUGUGUUAGAAACACAACUCAAAAUUUGUGUUGAACACUGUAGCUUUUGAUUGUGUUAACACUUGUUGAAUAGCCUUACAAAAAUGAAAGAGUAUGUUGUUUUUUCUUCUUGUAUUAUUUUUCUUCAAAGGUUAGUUCAAAUUUGUUCCUAUUGUCUUGUAUGUUUUUAAACGAAGUUUUAUUUGUUCCUGCUUCACAGAGCUGAUGUGAAAUUAUAGAUUUGAAACCAAUUACUGAUGGUACUAAUUUUAGAAAUGUAAUUAAAUUACAUUGUGUGUAUGCAAAGUUGUUUUGUUAUUAGUUUCAAAAAAGCAUACAUAAUUAGUAUUGAUUAUGAUAAAUUAUUAAAGAUUUAAUUGCAUUUCAUGUGAUGUGGGAUCGAGUGGGAGACAAUUUAUUGCACUUGAAAUGAUUUAUUGUGCUUAAAAGCAAACCAGAGUAUUAUCUUUAUAUCUGCUCAAAACACUUACUAAAAAUUAGACUGAAGUGGAAAAACCUAAAGAGAAUUGAGACAAUAUUAUACAGAAAAUAUAGGUGGAAGGAAUUAAUAUUUUUGAAGCUCAGUGAGACAUGUUGACUUGCUUUUGGAUGAUAUGUAAUGAAAAUGCAUUUACAUUGUGUUUUAAAAUGGAAUUUUCAAUAUUAUUAAGUAUUGCUAGUCAAAAGUGCUGAUAAUUGAUUAUUUUUAGUUUGGUGCUCGAAAGAAGUUGCUGAAUAGAUACAGGGUAAUGAUGGCAGUAGAUAGAUAUAAAUAGUUUGGAUGUUUUGCUAACUUUUUGGUACUUUCAACAGCUUACAUUCCUAUUCUUAGUAUACAAAUGUAAAACUUCCAUGAAAAUUGUGUGGAAUUAUCCUUUCCAAGAUACGUGUUGAUUUUGAUUGACAUCGAUUAUGUCAAUAAUAACCAUUAUUGCUCAUCUACUAUUUAUCUGUCUUUUCAUAGAAUUUCAAUUUUAAUUUAGAUAAAGCUCUGCAAAUUUUUGAAAGUAACCUGUUUUAGCAUUUUUACGUAGUCUUUAACACAUAUCUAUCACUGCCAUAAAAAUAUCUUUAAAAGAAAUAGGACUAAAAAUAAAAAUAAAAAAUCUGUAUAAAUCAUUUUUGUUUUCUAAAAAAUUGAAAUGUUAAGUGUAUUUCAUGUUGUGUCAGUUAUUUUGUGUGUCAAACCCAGUAGUACUUCUAAAAAGGCGGCAAUCUUUGUUAUUGAACAGAUUAAAUAGAAUGUAGACAAAUUGUUAUAAACUAGAACUAUUUCUAGUAACUCACUUGUCGUAUUGUGUCAUUUUAUAACAGUUAAUUAGUUUUAUCAUAACUGUUUUUAAUCUUUUCUGAAUUACUUCUCUCUUUUAUCUUUUGGCAAGGAGAGUGAAGAAAACUCUUUUGAUCUUUAAGUCAUAACAAAACUCAGAAGUUUUGUAUUACAUGCCGUAUGUGAUGCUUCCUAAUUUCGUAUUCUAUUCUGAUUGAAUUCUUUUUGAACUUGUUGACAUUAAAAGAUACAUGUGUAUUAUUAUCUAUGAUUUUGAUAUGCCUGUUUCCAGGCCCUUCAUCCAUUUUUCAACAUCUAAAUUAGACUGUUUGACUUUAUUCUAAAUCACCAUUUUGAACAAGAAUUAAAGUGAAAAUUUCUUUGGCUUGUUUACUUUCAUUUAUGUAUCUAUUUUUCCCUAUUACAAAUAUCGUGCAUAGAAAUGAAAAGCAUUUAUCUAAAUAAAGUCGAACCAAUUGCUUAAGUUUUGAAGUGGAUUUCAAAUCUUUUCAGUUCAUUAACAUGUCAUAACCACUUUUUUAAAAUUUGGUUUAAGCUUAAAUUCUACAAUUUCAAAAAGUUAUUUUUGCCGUCUUUUAAUUGUCUGAGAUAUUUCCAUUGUUAUAAAUGUAAUAAAUGGCUGUGACCCUUAACCAUUAGCAAGUAAAUUGUUUGGUUGAUGAUUUUAGAAUGGUUAUUCUUUUAAUACUACUUUAUUCAUGUGCUCAUUAUGAUUAAAUUGUGACUUAACAUUCAUGUGUUUACAUGUGUGUUCUUAGGGCUGUAUUUUGAAAUGUCAUGUUAGGUAGAGUAAAGUUAGUUAUGUGAGUGAAAAUCCUAAAAAAAAUACUUUAAAUUGAAUUGAAGAUUUGAAAUCCUUAAUUUGUUAGGAUGGCUCAGUUGGUACCUUUGAUGUAGUAAUAAAUUUGUUUUAGAGUGAAAUUAUUUACAAUUGAAGGGUUGGAGUAUGAGCAGCAAUAUGAUCAGAAGAACAUGUAAAAUAUUAAAUGUUUGUAGUGGGUACAUGUAUUUAUGAAGGAUCAUGCUCUGACAGUAAAAUUCUUAUUGAUAUUUAGGUUUUAUAAAGUGUGAAUACACAUGACUUGUGCAUAAUGUUUACUGAAAAUAAUGAUAUUAGGGUAAAAGAUAUUAGACAUAGUGAGAGCUUAAACACCUUCAUAGCAAAUUAUUGCAGUUCUUAUAUCUUUAUUUAUUUUACUUCAGAUUACAGAACUUGCUGACAAAAUCAAACACGUUAUCUUCUACAUGAAUGCUUUUUGGAUCUUCUCAGCUUUACUUCUCAUUACCCUGAGUAAUUAAUUUUUUUUUCUUUUUAAAAGCCUAGUAAGAAGGAAUCCUUUUCAAACACACAUCAUCCUCCAAAGUAUUCUUGGUUCUAGUCUUUAUCUUUGAGAAUUUGUAUUUACAAAAGUAGUUUCAUAUUCUUUAUCUGUGACCUCUGGAGCCAUUGCAUACAAAUUUUCAAGGAAAUUAAGCUAAAUCUUUGUAUUUUGGCCAGGGUUUCGGCAGUUGGAACCAGUGUGUGUUGCUUCAGAGAGACUCUGAGCAGCUCUAGCAAUGACUGCACAAAAUGGACACACUUUGUCCCUAGAAAUAAUAUUGUUAUUAGAAUUUUAUUAUUGUUAUUUAAUUUUAUUGUCAUGUUUGAUACUCUGUAUAGUCUCUUAAUUGUAUUCAAACAUUUACACAGCAGAAAAGAUUUUACUUUGCAUUUGAACUUGUCUAACACUUUAAAUUGUUAAAGUCAUCUGGUAUUAAUUAUAUAUGUAGUAUUUGUGCAGUUUUGGUUUGUGUAGAACAUUCAUUCGUAAGUUAGAGUGCCUUUGUAAGAUAUUAAUUAUUAGUUUCUGGAAAUUACAUGUAAAACUGAGGCUUGGAUAAAAUUCUAUGAAGGAAGUUUUCCUUAGAUCUCUCAGCAGUAAAAACCUUUUUGAUAUAUUAAUUUUUGAGAUCAUUUUUGAUGCAAUAAACAUGUACCUAUGUCUAUUACCAAUAUAUUGAAUAAUUUUAAUUAUUUAUUAGAUUGACAAUAAAUGUCCAAAAAGGGCCUAUGCUAAUGUGCUAAUGUUGUGUAUUCAGUAUUUGUUAAUAAUUUUUUAUAUCCCAACCCUUCAAUUAAAACUUGAACUUAGUCAUAGUGAUGGUUGUUAGAGAAGAUAGCUAAUACUAUAUAUCAUGUUAUUUAUGAGAAGUGUGUUUAAUUGAGUAUUCAUAAUAGCUGUUAAAUUAUCAAAUAGUGUAUGUUUAUAUGUAUGGACAUAUGUCUUGAAUAUAAGUGAUGUAAAUGUGUGCUAAUGAAAUCUAAAGAGUGUGAUGUAGAAUGAAAAGGGUUAAAAAUGAUAAAAAGUAAUUGAAAUAUAUAUUUUUAAUACACAACUUUACAUAUCUAUAUUUUAUAUUAAUUUUGUAUUAAUUUAUUUAUUUAUAUAUGCUUCUAUUUCUUUUUCUUUUAUACAUGAAUAUUAAUUGAAUCUUUUGAAUGUUGUUUAACUUGAUAUUGAACAUACUGAUUUGAUAUAUCAUUUGCUACUGAUGGUUAACAUAUAACUAUUUUUAAAAUGGGGGAAUUGAAGUUGUGAACUAUUUUUAUUUUAUACAAUGACGUAUUAGAGAAUGUGAUGUAUUGUGCUCUCCAGAUUGUGCUAUUGCAUUUUCAAUGACAUAUAUCAAUGGUUAAGAAAAGUUAGUAGUUGUUAUGAUUAUUCUUUCAGUUUACGUAAAUUAUGUAGAUUAAAUACUUUCACAAUUGCAUUAUCAUUGAUAUUCAGGAGAAAAAAGGUGUAGAACUGUUGAGUGACUUAAUUGUGUUAAAAACUGCUAUGUUAAAAAAUACUGGUGGCAAAGUUUUAGAAUGUUUCUUUUAAGAUUUAAAUGUUUUUUUCUGAAAAUUCUUGAUUAAUGCUUUUUCCUAGAUGAAAUCCUUUGUGAUUUUUUGUUUCUUUAUAAAUCCUUGUUAUAUGAGGGAUGAUAUGAUCACUAUACAUAUUCCAUUUCAUUAUAUCUUAAGUGAUACACAAUAUAUAGAUGUUAUAACCAUCUUUUCAGCCUGGCCUUUAGAUGAAUGUAUGUGUUGCCUUAAUUUUUAUUAAAUUUGCCAUUAUAUUGAAUAUAUGGUUUUGAAAAUAAAACAAAGUGUGGUAUUUUAAACGUAAGUAAAGAAAAAAAUUAAAUGAAACAAAAAAAAAAAAAUUCUGUGGAAUGCAAAUAAAUAAAAUUGCUCCUGAGUUACUGAAUGUUUUACUUGUGUUACCUUUGUGCAAUUAAUGUGUUGUUGUUGUUGUUCACAUCAUUGUUGAUUGUCAUAUACAAUAUGGUCAGUAUCCUGUAUUGUUUGAAGUAAAUUAUCUGCAUUGGUGUUGUUAAUGACUGUUGGAUGUUCCAUGGUGCUUUCUGUUGCUCAAUUUCAAAUAUACAAUAUCUUUAAAUUUUAAAA